GAGAUCCAAAGUUCGGAUCCGGACUCGGAUAAAACCCGGAGCGCUCCAGAGCUUCGGCACAGUCUCCUGUCCUGCAGUGGGUCCAGGUGUCUCAGUCCUCAGUGAAGAUGAAGUCCAGUUUGUUCCUGGUGGCGGUUCUGGUGUGCGGCCUGGUCGGCGCUCAGCAGGGCGGUCUGCCUGAGCGGGUCCAGAAGCUGGAGGCGGACAACGACGUCCUGACCAAAUCCAGGGUGGCGUUCUCCGCCGCACUCGUCGACACCAACGACUGGACCGCGAAGGGCCCGCUGGAGGCUGAUGAAACUCUGAAGUUCGAGAGAGUGAUCACCAACAUCGGCAACGGAUACGACCCGGCAACAGGUCUCUUCACCGCCCCGGUUAAAGGACUCUACUACAUCCAGGUCACUGGAAUCGCCGGUCCGAACGGUGAGCUGCACGCCGGGGUGAAGAAGAACGGAUUAAACAUGUUUGCCAUCUACCAUAAAGCAAGAACCCAGGCCGGCGCCUCCAACGCCAUGGUGCUGGUUCUGGAGCAGGGAGACCGGGUCUACGUCCAGCUGUGGGCCGGGAAGACCAUCGUUGACCAGGGCCGCCUCAGCACCUUCACCGGGUUCCUCGUCUUCCCCAUGUAGAUGAAGGUCCUGAACCUAACAAACUGCUGGGCCCUUUAAGGGGCGGAGCUUAGAGCAGCAGCAUGCAGAUGAAGGAAACAGGAGCUGUAGAGUUUAUCGUUAGCAUUUUGUUCUUUAAUUUGCUGUUUGCAAUUUAUUCCUUCCUUUGAUGUGUGUCCGUGGAAAUGCGGGUAAGUCAUGUUGGAAGUUAAUGACAUUGUUUAUUCAGCAAGUAUUUCAGUUUUUGUUUUGUAGCUUGAGAACUUAAGAGCUUCACAACGUGGGUUUUGUCGUCUAUUUAGAAACGGGAUAUUUGUAACCAUUAAUAUUACAGUUGUUUAGUAUGUGUGAUAUUAUUUCAGUCAUUUUAUUUAGGGAUUAUUCAGACACUGACGUUGUAUUAUUAAUGAUCUUUUCUAGAACCACACAGUUACGUCAAAUUAAGAAAUAAACAGCAAGUUAAACCCACUGCAGUGAGACUCUGGUUUCUAACCGGACUCACCACAGUGAUCUGGACUUUUCCACUAGCAAUUACAAUCCCUAACGUUUAUGAACCGUGGCAGACAUCUUGGUCCAGAAGCUCAGCAGGAAGUCUGCUGGAUGGCUGUCAAAUUAAAAGCACCGAUAAAUAAAAAUACAAUCUCCAGAUCAUUGAAAUAAAUAAACACCUGAAACCAA